AUGAGCGUUGAGCGCCUUACCUUCUCCGUGCUUUGGGAGAUGACGCCGGAAGCAGAGGUGGUGGACACCAAGUACUGCAAGGCCAUCAUCAAGUCAAGGGAGGCUCUCUCUUAUGCAGAGGCUCAGGCACGCAUCGACGACCCACAGGAUCAAUCUGAGAUCACGACCUCCCUCAGGAACCUGCUGCGUUUGACGCGGAUCAUCCGCGCCAAGCGCGUGGCCGCCGGCGCCCUCGAGCUGGCGUCCCAGGAGGUCCGCUUCGAGCUGGACUCGGAGACCCAGGACCCCACGGAUGUGGCGGAGUACCAGCAGAAAGAGACCAACAAACUCAUCGAGGACGGGGCGGGACAGAAGACGAAGAUCCCCGGGUCUGCCGGCCUUUGGGAGAAUCCCCAGUGCGACACUUGGAUCUCCGUGGAAGGGCCAGAAGGUAAGCCCUGA